AUGGAGGGGCUGAAGAAGUGCAUGAAAACCAUGGUGUCAAGGAAAAUCAGGGAGUACGUGAAGGACUACUGCAAGAGGAAUGGCCUUCUGACUCUCUCAGUCUUUGCCGUGGUGACGGGCUGCGUGCUCGGAUUCCUCCUCCGGUCGCUCAACCUGUCCACACAGGCCAAGAUCUACUUCUCGUUCCCUGGAGAGCUGCUGAUGAGGAUGUUAAAGAUGUUGAUUCUGCCGCUCAUCACCUCCAGUCUUAUGUCCGGCCUAUCAGCCAUGGACACGAGGGCGAGCGGCCGGCUCGGAGUCCUGACCAUCACCUACUACCUGUGGACGACCUUCAUCGCCGUCAUCGUCGGCAUCGUGCUGGUGCUCAUCAUUCACCCGGGGACAGGCUCAGAGAAAGACGGUCACCACGCGAGUUCAGGCCCUGUUAUGACCUCUGCUGACGCGCUGCUGGACCUUAUCAGGAACAUGAUCCCUUCAAAUCUAAUUGAGGCAACUUUUCAGCAGUACCGGACAGAUUUGGUGCCUAUUGUGCUAAACUCUGAUGUAAAGGAGUCCCAGGCCAACUAUGUGUAUGUCAUGCCUGACUACCACAACCCCCACCUGGGCCACCCGGUCUUCCUGGAGAUCACCCCUGCGCCUGACAUCAAGUAUAAGAUCGUACCCAGUACGAGCAAGGGCAUGAACGUGCUGGGGAUCGUCAUCUUCUCAGCCACCAUGGGUCUGCUGCUGGGGAAGAUGGGAGAACGUGGAGCACCGCUGGUCAACGUGUGUCAGUGCAUCAAUGAGUGCGUCAUGAAGAUCAUUAAUGCAGCUAUGUGGUACUUCCCCUUCGGAAUUGUGUUCCUUGUGGCUGGGAAGAUUCUGGACAUGCACGACCCCGCCCACCUUGGAGAGAAGCUGGGCAUGUACUUCAUCACAGUCCUGUCGGGUCUGUUUGUGCACGGCCUCAUCCUGCUGCCUCUCUUCUACUUCUUCUUCACCCGCAAAAACCCCUUCCCGUUCAUCAGAGGGCUGCUGCAGGCUCUUGUCAUUGCAUUGGCCACGUCAUCCAGCUCGGCCACUUUGCCGAUCACCAUGAAGUGUCUUCUGGAGAACUGCGGAGUGGACCGGCAGAUCGCUCGCUUUGUGCUGCCAGUGGGAGCCACCAUCAACAUGGACGGGACAGCUCUGUACGAAGCCGUGGCGGCCAUCUUUAUCGCUCAGGUCAACGAGUACGACUUGGACUUUGGCCAGCUGGUCACCAUUAGCAUAACAGCGACGGCAGCCAGCAUCGGGGCAGCUGGGAUACCUCAAGCAGGUCUGGUUACCAUGGUGAUUGUCCUGACCUCUGUGGGGUUACCGCCUGCUGACAUCUCGCUGAUCGUGGCCAUCGAUUGGGUUCUCGAUCGCUUCCGCACGAUGAUCAACGUUCUUGGAGAUGCCUUGGCUGCUGGGAUUAUGGCUCAUUUAUGUAAGAAGGACUUUGAGGAGGCAGCCGCAGCCACCACAGCAGUUGCCACAACUCCUGUCAACAACGGAGGUGGCCCCACACGGAGAGACACAGUGAUCUCCUUUGGGAAUCAGAGCGUGGCGCUGUCCGAUGCCCCUCUGAUCGCACACCGCUGCGAUUACGUGUUCGAGGUGGACGGAGAAAACCUGCUGGAAAGGCCGGUGGCCUGCUACAACCUUUGCCAAGUCUGA